CCUUAAAAAAAAAAAAAAAAAGCAUUACCUGUCCCGGCCUUGAGGAGGUCUGGGGGAGUUUGCUGCGUGACCCGCCUAAAGGAUCUACGAAUGAAUGAGCCUCCUGUCCCGAUGGGGACCUCGGGGCCCCGCGGGGCUGCGAAUUUCGCGGACGCUCCGGACAUCCUGGAGCGUGCCGGGUCCUGUUCGCGCAAGCUGGGGCGCGGGGCGGCCCUGGCUCCCGGUGGCCGGAAUCCCGCGGUGUCGGGGGCGGCAGCGGAGGCGAGGGCGAGUGGAAGCCCAGGCGGGGCUCUGGAGAACCGCCCGGCGGCUGAGAACCUGGACUGUGAGCCCUGGGUCAGAGAGAAAGUGCUCUUCCUUCUGCACCCAGAGAGGUGGCUGGGGACUCAACGGGACCCUGCGCGGGAAGAAGUGGCCGGUGGGGACGAUCUUUUCCCGGCGGCUGGAGACAACUGGGAACCCGACGGCCCGUCUCUCUUUCCGCGAGAAAAGCGAGUUUUAGGCAGCGGUGUAGACGCUCCCUUCAGAGUUCGGCCGCGGGACCCUGCAGCCCCACCCAGGUCGGUGCUCGUGCGGAUUGUGGACUAUCAGGCGACAGAAGAAGUCUUGUGGACUGCAUGGAGGAAGGGGCAGAUGACCGCACGGACCGAGGAGCACUCCAUGAGCGCGAUCACUUUUCGCACCAACAGGGAGUGAAGCGCCCGGCUGUGGGCGCCAGGACUGCGGAGAACCCCGGGCUCUCCCGCAUGGGGAGAGACGCCUCGAGUCCACCUGCGGGGAGAUCACCUCGCGGUCCCCAGGGACUGGAUUGCCAGAGGAUAUAAAACAGGAAAGCGGAGCCUGAGGAAUGCUGCGGGAUGGUGGAUGAGCGCGAAUCCCUAAGCAGAUGCUCUUCCGGGAGCGCCAGCCUGUAAUUAGCCGACAGCGAGGACGUUUUAAGAGGCUGGUCAGCGCCGCUGGGAGGCAGGGGACACCCCAGACUGAAUGAAGAACUGUGAGCAACAUAGUACCUCCUUUGUGUCUUAAAUACUGUGACGGUCUGGGGACCUAAGUCAUUGGAAGAGGGGAAGGAAAGGGGAAAGAAAACUAGGAAGAGAAGAG